CCUGCUUGUAUUCUUGAGAAAGAAAAGGCUUUAAUUAAUAAGAUGCUAACUAGAAAAACUAGAAAAGUGAUUCAAGGUUAUAUGAAUAAUUUCCUUUCAGAAAAUGUAAAAACUUCUCAUAGAAGAUGA